UGUCACUCUCCACUCCGAUUUUUUAUAGAGGCUGUCGUCAACAACAAUCGACAUAUCGACAACUAUCUUAAAUUUGCAACCUGCUGCUAUUAAUACCGCUACAAGUGCUUCGCUUUCUCUCUCUCUCUCGAUACCUAUAAAUAUGCAUUAUGCACUUCUGCGUCCUAUUUUCCACACACCUGAAUCCUUCCUCUGAUCUUCCCUGCAACUAACCGUGGAUGUCUCUCACAAGAGCAUCGCCCUCAAAAAACCACAUCAUCAGUCCAAAGAUAGCGAAACAAUAGUAACAGCAAUUGUAUCGCCACCGUCGUCAUCGUAUUUUUUUAAUGGAACAACGUGAUCAUCAUCGGAGCAGCAGAUGACGAAGUGGAGAAGCAAAGGCAACAGCAUCAGGAGUACAAGACUGCAUGGCAGAAGAAGCUGCAACAACUUUGUAGCCGUUAAAACGCGGACUUGCCCUCGUCGUCGUGGUUGCUGCAACCCCCGUUCUUUCCUCAAAUAGGGGUUAAAAUAAUUGAGCUAUAGACGACGUCUUUGUGCGUUGUUGUUUUUUGUGCGGUGGUGUGCUUUUUUUUUAUUGUUAUUGGGAGAAGAAAUAAAAAUAACACCCCAGUGUUUGUGCUAACGCAGUCGUUACUUAUUUAGUGCAUGUAUAGUACUAACAAUCAAAAAAUAGGUUUACACCUAUAAAAUUUACAAUAAUGCCGAGGGAAACAAACAUGGCGUCGAAUCUCGAGGAACAACAGUGCCUGCGCGAGUGCACCGAGUACAUGCAACGCUCGAAAAUCGUGCCGGUCAUGAAAGACUGCUUUGUGCAGCUGUGCGUCGAUCAACCCGAGAAUCCGGUCACCUUUUUGCGCGAGUACUUUCAGAAGCUCGAGAGGCAAGCGCACGACGCGAAGCAGCAAAUAGUCGCGAGUCCGGAGGACACGGAGGACAUGCCGGCGGGACAGCAGGGGCCACAGGUGCCCCGUCGACGCGGUGGUAUAUCGGCGGAGCCGGUCACCGAGGAGGACGCACGGAAUUACAUGAAAAAAGUCGUGCCCAAGGAUUACAAGACGAUGGCCGCGCUCAGCAAAGCGAUAGCGAAAAACGUCUUGUUCGCCCACUUGGACGAAAACGAGCGCUUCGACAUCUUCGACGCCAUGUUUCCCGUGACCUUUCUACCCGGCGAGGCUAUCAUACGCCAAGGCGACGAGGGUGACAAUUUUUACGUGAUCGACCAAGGCGAGGUGGAGAUAUUCGUGAACGGCGAGCUGGUGACGACGAUCGGCGAGGGCGGCAGCUUUGGCGAGUUGGCGCUCAUCUACGGGACCCCGAGGGCAGCCACGGUCAGAGCCAAGACCGACGUCAAGCUCUGGGGCAUAGACCGCGACUCUUAUCGGCGCAUUCUCAUGAACUCGACAAUAAGGAAGCGCAAGAUGUACGAGGAGUUCCUCUCGAGGGUCUCGAUCUUAGAAUCACUGGAAAAAUGGGAGAGAUUAACGGUGGCGGACGCUUUGGAGCCAGUUUCGUUCGAGGACGGCGAAACGAUAGUCCGCCAGGGCGAGCCGGGCGAGGAUUUUUACAUAAUCGUCGAGGGCACGGCGGUGGUUCUUCAGCAACGCACAGAAGCCGAGGAAUCCGCGGAAGUAGGUCGACUCGGACCCUCGGACUACUUUGGUGAAAUAGCCCUGCUGCUGGACAGACCAAGGGCCGCGACGGUUGUCGCCCGCGGACCUCUCAAAUGCGUCAAGCUGGACAGGGCGCGUUUCGAGCGAGUUCUUGGGCCCUGCGCCGACAUCCUCAAGCGCAACAUCACACAGUACAACAGCUUCGUCUCGCUUUCCGUGUAAAUCCACCUCGUCGGUCGAUCACAAUCGAUUUGCCACCGAGAGUGAGAUGUCAACCAAUACGUACACACCAUCAGUCAUGAAGGCCACGUGGAAUUUCAAGAGGGAGAUGGAAGAAAAAAGCGUUUCAAUGUCAUUGAAGAUGAUAGAAAAAAAUUAUAAUUGGAAAUUGCAAUAAAGUUAAUCCCGAGGUAGAGAUUACAUAUUAUCAAUCGGAGGAAGAAGGAAUUACAAUAAAAGCGAAUCGCGUAUGCCGUCCGCCCUUUAUCGCGGAUGUCCUCGUUUCACAACACAUACAUGUGUGUACACACAUUGUUACAAUUUUUUAUUUGAUUAAUAUUUUAAUAUAUGCAUAUACAUAUAUAUUAAGAAAAUGGAAGAAAACAUUGUAUUGUAUAAGUAGGAGAUUGCUGUAAUAAACAGAUGAGUAUAAAACAAAAAGAUAAAUCCUUAACACAAUUACUGGAUAUGGGAUCUGCAUGACUUUUAGGUAUCGGAUGAAUAAUGGAAUUAAUAACUUGGUUUCAUUUUAAAAAUAGUGAAU